UGACAAUUAAAAUUCGACCAAUUAAUAUAAAUGCUCACACAAUAUUAAAACCAAAUUCAUGAGAGCAAAAAGUAAUUGUGUGUAAAAUUAUAAGCUAUUUGUAACCUUCAAUUAGCACCCAUAGUUUUUUUUACAUUUUUGUACAAAAAAUCUUGAAAAUAGAAAAAUAUUUUACUUACAAUGGCUACGUUGAGUGAAGUACAAAUCGCUAAUAAAUUAAAAACCAAAGAUGCAGCCUUCAGAUUGAAGCAUGGUUCUCCAAAAGUCCAACAAAUAAUUAGAACUAGAUGUAAAAUCCGGUUAAUGAAAAUGAGACAGAAGUCUUUCGACAGUGGCAGGAACUUAACAUGCGAGGAACUAAAAGAUACUCUAAACGAUAUACUCAUUGAUGAAUUGGCACAAUUAGAAAGCGAUUUGAAGACUGAGGAUGAAAUUUUGCAAGAAUUGUCUCUACUGGAUAAUACAACAGUUCAAGAUAGAGACUUCGAUGACUUUUUUGAACAUUUGGAAAUAGAUAUGUCUGAUUUAGUGACGUGUCCGUGCUGCUUAAAAAAUGCAAUAGGAAAUGAUUCUGAAGGAUUGAUUAUAUGCAAAUGUGGACUACGGUUACGAAAAGGAAACAUAAAAGACUUAGAAUCUGAAAUUUGGAUGAAUGUCAACAUGCAUUCAGCAAAUUGCUCCCGCACACCACAAUUUAUAUCAAUGCCAAACGAUGUUGCUGAUGUGCUGAUUAUUGGCUGCCCGGAUUGCAAAUUUAGCAAAGUCGUUUAUUAAUAAUUAAUAAUUGUAAUAAUAAUGUAUUUAUUUAAAAAU